GAGAGAGCCGAGUGAAUAAAAAUCCUCCAGGACCGCACCGGGGAUUCCUCACUGCAGAGGCCGAGUUUGGAGCUCCGAGAGCCGGGUAGAGACAGGCGCACGGCCCGGUAGUCUUCCUGGAGGUUUUUGUUAACCUAUUACGUAUUCGUGUUGAAUGAAUUUAGUCCCUUUUGGCUUUCCAUACUAUUUACAUCCAGCAGAGCCAAUAUGGCAUCAGGCGGCUAGACAACAGGAUACAUGCACUUUUUAAGCACAUAAUUUUAACACAUUUGCACACAAAGACUUAUUUAGAGAUACAUUUCGAAAUGAUGUCCAGCUGCUGAGAGAGCCAUGACGGAGGUGGAGGAGCUGCGGCCGGUUCCCAGGGAGAGAGCCAUCCUGGAGAGCUUCUUCACGCAGCUCGGCAUGUUUUCUUUCGACCGGGCCAAAGACUAUGUGGAGAAGGAGAAGGACAACAGCCGGAGUGCAGGAGCCAUCUGGGCUGCACUGCUGGCUGCACUGGCUCACCUGGCUGCAGCAGAGAAAGCCUACCAUAACAUGACCUUCCUGGGACAGAAGAUGGGCGGUCAGUCUUUCUUCAGCCGGAAGGACUCCAUCCGAACCAUCUACACCUCCCUGUACAAUGAACUGAGGAAAGUGGUGACGAUGGGGCGCCACAACCAGCCGGGCUCCGCCUCCUACCUGGAGGACCUGCUGUCGCACCUGUCAGAGCAGCUCUGCCACUUCACGCAGGCCCGCAUGGAGAUGGCCGAUCUGUACGAGAAGAUGCACUCGCUGGGAAGCCAGAAGAGCAUCAACUCAGACGAACUGGUGACAACGCUGGAGGCCGUCCUGCACAAAUACAGCUCCAAAUUCCACCACCCCAUCCUGGGCCGCGUGGAGGAGAGCUUCCAGACGGAGGUGGAUGUGGUGACCCAGUUACUGCGCUGCCAGGCUCAGGUGUCCGAGUGGCAUUUCCUGCCAGCUCUGCUCAGCCUGCACGGUGCCAACUCCAAGCUCACCGCCUGGGGUCAGCUGUUCCAGCGGCAGAAAGAGACCCGCAAGAAUCUGUUCGGUCAGUCCCAGAAGGCCGUGCAGCCUCCUCACCUGUACCUGUGGCUGCAGCGCUUCCAGGCGGCGCUGCUCGCCAAGUUCAGCUUCUACUUCCACGAAGCCCUUAGCCGCCAGACCGCCCCGGCCGACAUGAGAGCGCUGACCGCCCGCACCGCGCCGGACUACCACGGCAAGAUCUGCUCCUUCAUCCGCAAACACGACGCCAGCAACGUGUCUCUGGUGUUUGAUAACCGCGGCUCGGAAAGCUUCCAGGGUCACGGAUACCACCACCCGCACUCCUACAGAGAGGCACCGAAGGGCGUGGAGCAGUUCCCCGCCGUGGUGUCGCUGCCGUCAGGGGAGCGGCCGCUCACGCACUGGCCCAAUGUCAUCAUGAUGAUGGGAGACCGCGCCGCCGAGCUCAACACUCUGGACAAGGUGGUGCACUUCUACGACGAUAAAGUCCAGAGCACCUACUACCUGACGCGCCCCGAGCCACACUUCACCCUGGUGGUCAUUUUUGAUGGCAGGAAGUCAGAGAAGGAUUUGCACAUCGCCGCCUUCCUGCAGGAGAUCUCGGGCUCGCUGAGAAACUCCAAACCCUUCAGCACCCUCAAACCUGGAUCAAAAGGCUGAACUGAAAACAAAGCCUGAGGAAACUCGACUAAUACGAAACCUCUUUGCUCAGAUCAUUUCUGACAGGAAGAUGUUUUUAAAUCUUAACAUCUUUUCUGUGAAAUACUUUUUUCUUCUGUGGUCCAACUUCUGGUUGAUUCAGCAGACCUUUAUGUUGCUUUGAAUCUAAUUUAGCCAAAAAAAAAAACGUUCCAGACCAAAGACAAGCACAUCCUCGAAAAACAAAUGACUCUGUGAAUUCAUUUUACUUGUUGAUUCUUAGCCCAUGAUAGUAUAACACACUCCUCCACCCUGCGAGGAAUAGAUGUGCUGCCUUUGUUUAAUUUAUAUAAAGGAUUUUAAUUAUGUUGCAUCAAUUAAUGUUUUAACAUGUUUACUUUUUAUUUUUAAUGCCUGUGUUUGAUACUCUUUAAAUAAAGGUUUGAGAUGAUUGCACACGUAGUCUCAAUUC